GGCAAUCUACUACGAGGACCUACUGAAAAAAUAGCAAAAAUAAAGAAGAAAAUCAAUGUAUAUGCUAAGAUAGAUCCAAAAUAAAAUAAACGUGAUAAUACUCCCUAUUACUGUAUUAUGAUUAUUUACAUGUCUAAAUUUUUGCAUCUAGCCUAAUUUGGUUAAUAAAAUCAAGACAAGAAUGCAAACUGCAAUAUUGUAAGGUUUUACAUUUUUAUGCUUAUUCAGUUAACUAUUAAAGAGAAUCAUCAAUAUAAAAAAGAUUAAAGCAAAAAGAAGUGUCCAUAAAAUAAACAUUGCCAAAAUGCUUCCCAAAAAGAAUUUCUAUGUUAAGAAAUUUUAAUCUUUUAAUAAACAGGACUUGAUUGA